UAAGGUUUCCAUUUAGUGUUUUUUAGCAUAUGUUUAAUAUAUGUACAUAUAAAUAGAAUAUAAAUGUAUCAUCUACAUAUAUACAAACGACAAUAUCUUGAAAAGGUACAACGCAGCUGGUGAAAUGGCAAAGUUCCCGUUAUUCAACAUCAGCCGGAAAAACGAAACAUAUCCAGCGAACUUCAAUAUCAAAUGCAAAUCUCAAUUGCUGGAGGAGCAUGAGAGCGUUAAAUUAAUUAUAAAUCGUCGCGUCGCAGUCCAUCCAAUGAAGUGGCCUUUGCUGCGCUGUAAAUGGCAAAAAAAGCUGACGCUGUCUUUGACGCUUUUUCUCAUUUGCCUGCUAAUCAUUUUCGCCUACUCGGACGAAUUUCGGAAUAAGGUCUUCUCCGUAUUUCUGUCAAAUCGAUUUGGCCAAGUGACAAACAUUAGCAAACUGCAAACAGCCUUUGCGAAUAGUAACCAAGAGCCAAAUACAUCGCAUCAGCAGCUUUUGAAGCCAAUGCAAUAUAUAUUGAACUAUUCGGCAGCCCAACUGAACUACAGUUCGAUUCUGAAGCCCAUCACAUCGAACUACAACAUUUUCGUCAUCUAUACCAGAGAGAACUAUAGAUUGCAUAUGAAAUUCGAUCUGUUCAUACAUAGUCUGUUCAAGCAUACCAAUGCUCAGCUGCAUUUGCAUGUGAUCACGGAUAAGGAGAGCGAGGUGGCUGUGCUGGAGAUACUGCAGCGCAAGGUGCGGCGCUUCAAGCGAGUUUUGAUCUACUCCAUGUAUAAUAUACAAAUCUGUUCGAAUAUAAUUCAAGACAUAACUGACAAAUUGUCGCCGUACUUUAGCUCAGCGCCCAAUUCGUAUUAUAGUGAUUCGCUUUUUUUUAUGUCGCUCGGCCUGCAUCGCAUCGCCGACGUGAGCCUCAGUCGUGCUAUUCUCUUCGAUUGUGAUAUUGUCUUCCGGUCAGAUAUUCGUUUACUUUUCGCGGAGUUUGAUCGGUUUUUGCCGAAUCAGCUUUUUGGCCUGGCGCCCGAACUAACGCCAGUUUAUAGGCAUAUACUAUACCGAUAUCGUACGCAGUUUCCCGAAUCGAAUUUCGGAAAUCCAUAUCAACCGAUACAAAUAGGCAAAAAUAAUAAUAAUAAAAAUAAUAAUAAAUUGUUAACUAGUCGUAGCCAGGAACGUCAUGGUUACCCGGGCCUUAAUUCCGGCGUAGUGCUUAUACUUUUAAACCGAAUCCGAAAUUCCAGUACGUACAUCGAGAUACUCACGAAAUAUGAAAUCAAUCGUCUAGUAGCAAAGUAUUCCUUCAAGGGUCACCUCGGGGACCAAGACUUUUUUACACUCCUGGGCUAUGAGUACCCGACUUUAAUCUAUCGGCUGGACUGUGUCUGGAACCGACAGCUCUGCACCUGGUGGAAGGAUCAUGGCUACAGUAACAUAUUCGAUGCGUAUUUCCGCUGUGAUGGCAACAUCAAAAUGUACCAUGGCAAUUGCAAUACGCGAAUUCCAGAGUAAUACGAACGUGUACAAUAACGUAUUUAGGAACAGAGAGAGAGGCAUGCGACAUCGCGUUUUAAUGUACUUUGGGUGAUAUAUUUGGAGAUAGCUGGGAAAAGCCUCUCUCUCUCUGUGUCUUAUGAGCUACUCUCUUAUACCCACUCUCCACUGAUCAAUGCGAUCGUCUUAUUAACAUUUAGACUUAAAAUUAAAACAAUAUAUAUUGUAGAUAUAGCAUAAAUACGCAUCUUAUGAAUAAAGUUAAAUUGUUUACUACAAUCU